AAAGCAGUCGGAAGGUCCCAUCUGUACCUUGAGAAUCUUUUCAAAUAAGCGCUUAUCAUGUCUGGAAGAGGAAAGACCGGAGGUAAAGCAAGGGCGAAGGCCAAGACCAGGUCAUCCCGUGCUGGGCUCCAGUUCCCCGUUGGCCGUGUGCACAGACUUCUUCGCAAGGGCAACUAUGCUCAUCGCGUCGGAGCCGGGGCUCCGGUCUACCUGGCGGCCGUGCUUGAGUAUCUGACCGCUGAGAUCCUCGAGUUGGCCGGCAAUGCUGCCCGCGACAACAAGAAGACCCGCAUCAUCCCCCGCCAUCUGCAGCUGGCUGUCCGCAAUGACGAGGAGCUCAACAAACUCCUCGGUGGAGUAACCAUCGCUCAGGGCGGUGUGCUGCCUAACAUCCAGGCCGUCCUUCUGCCCAAGAAGACCGAGAAGCCCUCCAAGAAGUAAAUCAGAAACUCUACAAACCAAAGGCUCUUUUGAGAGCCAACCAAAUAUUCCCUUAAGAGCUAGCCUACUUUAAACAGUGAGUUUUAUGCAGUUGCGCUGAAGUCCAUACAUUUCCUCCUCUGCGUGUUUCAGGAAUGAAACUCAUCGUCAAUACAGUAGUUCGCUGGCAGUGAGGGGACAUCUGCGUAGCCAACCGUUUGGAAUGCAAAUGUAAAAGAAAGUGAUAGGCUAAUAAUAGUUAGCAGUAGGAAAAGUAAUAGUGUGCCUAAUGGGAAAAUAUUUGAGCAACUGACGACACUGUCAAUUUGGCUGAUCUAUUCUAAUCGUUGGUGCGUUUACUUUCAAACAGACACAUUUAGAAACUUUUUAGAUUGCAAUAUUAUUUAUUUAACAGAUAAACCCUUAGACAGAUGAAUGGAAAAACCUUUCCACGUUCCAAGGCUGUUUCAUUUUACGCGACCAAAAAUUGGUGAAUAUACGAUCCCAGUUACGGUUCAUCUACGUCAAGUUUUCUGGAACACCGCCAUUUGCACGACCGAUCUCGCCUAGUAUGGCCGCCCACACCGCUCAUCUGUAUGUUGGAGAGAGACAGACAUAUCUGGGGAAAAUGUUUGAUUUUAGGCUCCGAUCCUUAUUUGUUACCCCCAUUUUUUUUGUCCAUUAGUAUCGGCUUCACGCUUGCCUCAAAUCAAUUUUCAUGACAUAGGCCUAUAUAUUUAUUUAGUCCACAACCCCUCCAAGUACAGUGGAGAUAUCUUGAAAGCGUUCAAGAGCACUUAUGCCUACCAAUAUGAUGUGGCUGGAUGGGUGAAGGACGCUAAAGUGAGGCACUUGGCCACCAAUAAUCUUUUUCUGAUAAUGGCAAAGUUAGGUAGGCCUACUAUCUAUUUGUGACUUAUUGUGAACAGUUUGUGGGGGGUUACUAUCAUUGAUCGUUGAAAUCAGUCAAAUCAUAGACGAUAAUUUCGCCGGGGACGCUUGGGACGAGUUUUUUUCAAGAUUUAUUUAGUACCCACAACAAAACCCGAUUUGAAUUAUUAUGGAUUAUCUUGGACAAUGGCAGCCUAUGGAGCAGAACAUAUUGGGUCACAUAUGUCAACGUUUUUUGGAUGCAUUUUAUUCAUUAGUAAGCUACAUGGAUAUGCCAUCUUUCAGAACCUUCCAUUACCUGCACUAAAGAGAAUAAAAGAGCGCAUCCUCAUUG